AGAAAGAGCCGGCGGCCCGGGGCUGCCUUCGUCCGCGCCGUUUAGUGCCCAGCUUAAGGCUGCUGGAGCCCCCUGCCAGCCGGACUGGUGUUGUCCCUGCGGCCUUCACCGCGGUGGGUGAGGCCGGCUCCGCUGCUCCAGCCUCGGGCCGCCAGCUCUCCUCCCUGGGCCUCCGCCAUCAUGCUGCUGCCCGUGUUCACUCUGAAGCUGCGCCACAAAAUCAGCCCUCGCAUGGUGGCCGUAGGGCGCUACGACGGGACCCACCCGUGCCUGGCGGCCGCCACGCAAGCGGACAAGAUUUUUAUUCACAAUCCACAUACACGGAGCCAGCAUUUCAGUGCAUCCAGAGUCAUCCAGAGUCCCCUGGAGUCCGAUGUCUCUCUUCUCAACAUUAACCAGGCAGUCAGCUGCCUGACUGCAGGAGUAUUGAACCCUCAGCUUGGCUGUGAUACUCUUUUAGUGGGAACACAGACUAAUUUGUUGGCUUACGAUGUCUAUAAUAAUUCAGAUCUGUUCUACAGAGAGGCAACAGAUGGGGCAAAUGCAAUUGUGUUGGGAACUUUGGGAGACAUUUCCUCUCCUCUUGCAAUUGUUGGUGGAAAUUGUGCCCUGCAGGGUUUUGAUCAUGAAGGAAAUGAUCUCUUUUGGACGGUUACUGGAGAUAAUGUUCAUUCCUUGGCCUUGUGUGACUUUGACAGUGACGGGAAGAAAGAGCUUCUUGUUGGAUCUGAGGAUUUUGAUAUCAGAGUUUUUAAGGAAGAUGAGAUUGUGGCAGAAAUGACAGAAACAGAGGUAAUCACCUCUCUUUGUCCCAUGUAUGGCAGUCGAUUUGGUUACGCCCUUUCCAAUGGCACAGUUGGAGUUUAUGACAAAACGACCCGAUACUGGAGAAUUAAAUCCAAAAAUCAUGCCAUGGGCAUUCAUGCUUUUGAUCUGAAUUCUGAUGGAGUGCCUGAACUGAUAACUGGUUGGUCCAAUGGGAAGGUCGAUGCUCGAAGUGACCGAACUGGGGAGGUCAUCUUUAAAGACAACUUUUCUUCUGCAAUUGCUGGCGUGGUGGAGGGCGAUUACUGGAUGGACGGCCACGUACAGCUGAUCUGCUGCUCAGUGGACGGAGAAAUCCGGGGCUACCUGCCAGGCACUGCCGAGGUGCAGGGGAACCUCAUGGACACAAGUGUGGAGCAGGACCUUAUCCGGGAGCUCAGCCAGAAAAAACAGAAUCUGUUGCUGGAACUCCGUAACUAUGAGGAAAACACCAAGGGGGGUGUUUUGCAGGCCGAGUCAAGCAGUCCAUUGAGUGAGGCUGAUGGGCAUCGGGGCAUUAUCCCAGCCAAUACCAAGCUCCACACCACCCUCUCAGUCAAUCUGGGGAGUGAGACUCAGGCUCCUCACACAGAAUUGUGCAUUUCCACUUCUAAUGACACCAUUAUCCGAGCAGUACUGAUUUUUGCAGAGGGAAUUUUUAUAGGUGAAAGCCACGUGGUACACCCCAGCGUUCACAACCUCUCCAACUCCAUCUGCAUCCCAGUGACACCUCCCAAAGAUGUCCCCGUGGAUCUGCACUUGAAAGCCUUCGUGGGUUACAGGAGCAGCACCCAGUUUCAUGUAUUUGAAUUGACAAGACAGCUCCCCCGGUUCUCCAUGUAUGCGCUGACCAGCCCAGACUCUGCCACCGAGCCACUCAGUUAUGUUAACUUUGUCAUUGCUGAACGGGUGCAGAGGGUUGUAAUAUGGCUCAGCCAGAACUUCCUGUUACCAGAGGACAGUAACAUUCAGAAUGCUCCAUUCCGAGUGUGUUUCACAUCGUUGCGGAACGGUGGCCAGCUGUAUAUAAAAGUGAAACCUAGUGGAGAGAUCACUGUAAAUACCGAUGAUAUCGACUUGGCUGGUGAUAUCAUCCAGUCACUGGCAUCAUUUUUUGCUAUUGAAGACCUUCAGGUGGAAGCCGAUUUCCCUGCCUACUUCGAGGAGUUACGAAAGGUGCUGGUUAAGGUGGAUGAAUAUCAUUCAGUGCAUCAGAAACUCAGUGCUGACAUGGCUGAUAACUCUAAUCUGAUCCGAAGUUUGCUGGUCCGAGCUGAGGAUGCUCGUCUGAUGAGGGACAUGAAAACAAUGAAGAGUCGCUAUAUGGAACUAUAUGACCUUAAUAAGGAUUUGCUAAAUGGCUAUAAAAUUCGCUGUAACAAUCAUACAGAGCUGUUGGGAAACCUAAAAGCAGUAAAUCAAGCGAUACAAAGAGCAGGCCAUCUGCGGGUUGGAAAACCAAAGAACCAGGUGAUCACUGCUUGUCGGGAUGCAAUUCGAAGCAACAACAUCAACACGUUGUUCAGAAUAAUGCGAGUGGGGACAGCGUCUUCAUAGGAGAGGAAAGGAUAGGGAAUGAAGUUCCUGGACAGUAUUUUUUCUUAAAAAUUUGGGCUGGUUUGCUUUGGACCACAUCCUGGUGAGCCGAGGAUACUGAGAAUGAAACGUCGGUGAGUGGUACAAAUGAAAGACAAAGCAUUGCAUUUGAGCAAUGUCUUCACUUUCUGUUUUUAAAAUCAGCAGGCCCACUGAAGAGUACUGGGCCUGUAUGGAGGAGGGUGAAGACCUGGGAAACUUCAGGGCUUUAAAGUCCAGUUUUUCUUGAUGUAUGUAAAGUCAGUGUAUAGAUACAUCUUUUUAUUCUUGAAGUGGUAAUUGAAUUUGUCAUUGGAAAGUAAGAUUAUCUACUUUUUCAUUAAACUUUAAAGGUGUCUAACUUUGUGUUGACUGAUUAUAAAAUUCACCACCAUAUCAGAAUUAGUUGUAUAAACCAUUUGUAUAAUGUAGAGAAAGAAGCAUGGAUAAUCAGUUUGUUUGCAUUCUUUUUAAUCCCUUAAAGCAAAAAAUAGUUUAGGGUGAUCUAUUUUUUUUUUUUUUUUUAUUAGUUGGGGUAAUAUUAGCUGCUAAAACAAAUAGACCUCCGAAUUCAUGAGUCAUUUAGUUUAUGUAAGGAUUUCUUCAUAGUUACAGGGCCCAGGCUCCUUUAAUCAUAUAGUUCCAUCUUCUCCUAGGGCAGUCCUUCUCCACCUGGAACCUUGUAUUUCUACUCAGCCUAAGGGAAAGGAUUUUCACAGCCGUUGCAUACAGUUGCAUUUCAGGCAUUAGGGCUUAAUUCUUGCACUUACAACCUUAUCUGAGAAGACUGUCAUAGGGCUUUGUGGCUAUUUACAUCUAGCCAGAAGAAAAGGAAAAGAGAGCAAGGAGGAAACAUCUUUUAAAAGCUGUGUCUGGAAAUAGCACAUAUCCAUUCAAGUUCUAUUGGCUAACGUGGCCACAGAGCCCUGGUGGUACAGUGGUUAAGAGCUAUGGCUGCUAACCAAAAGGUUGGCUGCUUGAGUCAACCAGCCAGCUUCUCCUUGUAAACCCUAUGGGGCAGUUCUACUCUGUCCUUUAGGGUCACUGUGAAUCAGAAUUGACUCCGCUGCAAUGGGUUUUUAACAUGGUCACACCCUCACUGCAAGGGAAGCCAGAAAUAUAAUCGGCUGUGUGCGUAACAGGAAGAGAGAGCUCGUGUUUUUGCCAGCAGCUAGCAGUCCCUUCCCCAGGACUUAAAACCACCUGAAGGUAGAUUUCAGGACAGGUUUAAUGACUAAGACGUUAAGUCACUUUCCACAUCUUAAUAGCAUUUGUAAGCAGUUGGGGGGAGUCGGAAGGGCUGACUUUGCCCCUUCAUUUGGCCAGUUAGGGUUACCGUCUUCUUUUUCUGAUACAUGAGCUUUAUGGAUUCUCAAUUUUUUAUGAGAAUAUGCACUAUAAUAUCUUUGUUAUACAUUUUCAAUCUGUAAGCCCAAAAGGCAUCCAUAUUUACUGUAUUAUUUUUUGUGAUGUCCAAAGUUGUAAAGUAUCAUGUCUGCUUCCAAGAUGAAGAAACUGAGGUGUAGAGAUUAACUACUCGGCAGGGUCACAGUUACUGGCAGGGCUUGACUCCUACUGUUAAGUCUUCUGUUUUAACCAGUCUACACUAUACUUUUUGAAGUUAAAAUCUCCAGUUGCUGCUAGUUUUAAAAUGUAUGACACCAUUCAUUUUUAGGGACCCUAAGAAUCUCAUCAAAGGUCAUUCUUGUUGGUCUUUAGCCAAAACUUCUUUCUUAGCCCUAAAAAUAUUUAUGGGAAGACUUGAAAAUGUUAACCUGAAGCAAGAUACCUUUAAAUUGUUCUGAUUUGUAAGUUAAAAAUAGCUUGCUUCCACAUUAUUUUGACCGUCUUUGUAUUAGUAUCUGUUUCAUAGAUGAUGCCUCUGAGGUCAGCAGCAAAGUAUCUUGUGCAAGGUCCCCCCUGGGGAAGUGGUGGCACGGAGGUUGGAAACCAAGUAGUCAUGGCCCUUUCUGCUACUCUAGGUUGUUCCCAAGUAAGUAGCCUGGAUGAGAAGAAACCGUUCACAAAACCUUCAACUACCUUCCCUGCCGCCCCUCCUUCCUCAGUUACUAAUUAGAGAAAAUAGGUCACCAUAUUCAGCUAGCAAUGAGAAAACCUUCAUGCACUGAGAAAUGAGUUUACCAGUUAACUUCUCUACUUUGUUGCCAUAUUUUUCUAUGCUGAUGGAAUCUGAGUGCCUUCUAGAAGCUACAACUAAGCUCUGUCUCUGCUGAAUUUUAUUGUGUCUAAGUGAACACUCAGCCUUCAUUUAAAAGAUGAUUGUGAGGAUUCUGAUAUCCAGGAGAACAGGUUUUAGUCAUUUUGAGACUGUGCCCUUAAAAGUCACUCCGCCUUGAAAAAUUCAGGUAGUUGCUAUUUUGGAAAAAACGUUUUUUUUUUAUUUCCCACCAUGUCUGCCUCCUCAGGAGACCUUUCUUUCCUUGGCCAUGUCUAUUCAUUCCUAACCCUUACUAUAUUCUGACCUGUAUUUGUCUAUGUAAAUCUUAAUCCUGUAUUAGGUGAGAACAGGGGCUGCAUCAGUGUUAUCCUCCAGCAGUGCCCAGCAUUAUCCUCCAGCAGUGCCCAGCCAAAGUCUUGAGCACAGAAAACAUAGAGCAGUGUUUGCUGUUCUCCCUGGGGUUGUCCUUCCUCAGUAAGCUUGGUAGUAGCUCCAGAAAUCAAAGAGCUAAGAAUUUGACAACUAUAUAUGUAAUCCAAGAAUGAUUUUCAACACUGGUAUUAAUGUGUCAAAUUUUAUGAGAAGCAAUUAAAAUCUGCAAAUUCUGAUUUCUGUGAUCACAGAAUUAAAUUAUUUCAUGUUGAAACUACAGUAACACACCCUUGGCAGCCUGCCGUUUUGCGUUGUGCCUCUUUCCCAUCUGGCCUCUGCCCACACUAGGCUCUAGCUCCUGAGUCAUCCUUCUAAUUUGUGUGGUGCAGAACUCUGCUUUCCUAAAAUGAUACGACGUGGACAGUUACCAGGUAAUUUGCAGAAUUGUCUGCGGACUGCCUUUGCAUCAGAGAAGGAAUGUUUUUAUAGGCCUGUUCAGUUCCAUGAUGGCUGGAGAGCCCGCCUCUGGCAUAACUGCAGUACAUCUUCUUUGUCAAGAACCGUUUUAGCAGGUUUGCGUUUCCUGAGUUUUAAUAGUGGUAAGUAUACGGUGGUGUGGAAGAUACUGCGGCCAGAACAUUUCUGGCUACAGCAACAGUGGUCUGGGAGAGGUUGCCCAAGCUUUGAUUUUUUUUUUUUUUUCUUUAGUUUUCUAGGGACAAACGUAUCUUUGGCCGUUCAGUGGAGUUUGAGAGGCAGUCUUUGAGCAGUGAAAAAAACAGAGUCAAAACCUAAGAGCAUUUUCCUUUUCCAGGUUUCAUUUUCCACAUCUCUAAAAUUAGCAACUGAUAUUAGAUUAUUUAUAGGGUUCUUUUUUCUUCCUAUGUAAAAGAAAUACGCUCACAAAAUGACUCUGAAAAUCUUAAUUUCCAUCAUGAUUAACCUAUAAAGGGAUGUACUGUGGGGAUGUGACCUUAGGUCCUUGGGGAGCAGGUCAAGCAGGUCUCUGAAAAGCUGCGUUUCCAUGUCUGAUGAUGGAGUGUGAAGCACACAGCACAGGGAGUCAGGAAGAGAAGAGAGAUUUAAAGUUUGGAGAAUAAGAACAAGCUGGAACCCAGAGCUGGAGCCCAGGAAGACAUACUGAAAUCUGUGUCAGCUCUUGUUGCCCCUGACCUUGAUGGUGUGGGUGUCUUAUAGAACCUGAGCCCCUUCAUCACAAAACUAAACCCCAACACCUGACUUGAGUUGGAGAUGCUGAAGGAGGAUCCAGGGUGAGAUCAAGCUGCAGACCCAGCUCCUGCCUCAAGUCAAGGGGGUGAGCUACAAAAUGGCUGCUGCUUCAUUUGGACCUCCACAUCUUGCACAAGAAUUUGUGAUUCAAAUUUGUGAUCCAUUAGGGUAUGGUAAGACACUAUCAGAACUAGUUAUGGGUAUUUCUUUUUAUCUCAUCCUUUAAAAUUUAUUAUUUGUUUUAUAACAUGGACUCUUAGUACACGUGUAAAAUUUCUAAGUAAAAUACCCAUAUGUCAUGGGGGCGGUACAUGCUAAAACGCUUUUUACUGAUGGAGUGCAUGAUCAAAAAAAUUUGGAAACUGUCAAUCUAAAAGGCUGAAAAUGAAACUCAUUCUGUUCGUUUAAAUGCAAACUUUAGGAAAGAAUCAGUACUCAAAGUUUUAGGAGAUAAAAGAGAAGGGUGGUAAGGAGUUUAACUGCCCAGUGAUUUUCCUAUUAAUCAGCAAAACCCAACUAAAAGCUCCUGCAAUGCCUAGAAAUAAAUGUGCAAGAGAAAGGAAAUGGAAGAGAGUCUUGGAAUGGAAUGAGAUCUGUUCUGCACUGAGCAGCAUCUUUCAACUAAAGAUGCAGUGACACCUAUACCCACACUCACUCACAAGUAGUUACUAUAUAACCCCCUGGAACAGCUCAGGAAAAAAAGAUCUAACAAAGUUAGGAUAGUCUCUUGGCAUUUCAAUGUGGGUUUUUAGCAUUUCGUCUCUUAAAACACAUCAUAAAAAGAAGCAGCAGCAGCUAGUUUUAUAGUUGACCCUACAACAUUCAGGAAAGUGAAAGCCACACGUGAGCCUGGGAUCAUUUAGAUAUACAGCAGCCACAACCCCAUGAUGGCAAGGCAGCAGGCACCCAGAAACGACUAAACCUGGCAUAAGCAGCCUCUUCCAAGAAGUCUCUUGGCCAUGUGGGUUUUUUAGGUCAGACCUUUUCCAAGGGGAUGAUAUUCCAUCCAUAUCAUCCAAGUCCCCCCUGUGCUGUGGGAGGCCCCAUAGAACAAAGCCAGAGGCCGUGGGAGGAGGAAGUGUAAUGACUGAAAUCAUGUCAGAACUCUAAGGCCCAGCAAGAACAGGAUGUAAGGUUCUGUAGCUUUAUAAACCAGUGUAACUGGGAACAGCAGAAUUGUCAUUUAUACUCAAUUGUGAGUAUUAAAAAAAAAAAACACUGAAGUUACUGAAGAAGUCAGUAUAGAAAAUGAAGAAAUGAACGUUAACAAAAACAAAAAAACUUUUUUUUUUUUUUAAUCAAGAGAUAAGUACCUAGCUCCAAGCUCAAGUUCUAGGCUGAGGACAAUCCUUAUGAGUCCUACUAAAUGACAACCAAAACAGUUUUAAGAACACUGCUGCCUAGUGCUUCCAAGACUUCCCAGUACUGGUGAAGGGUUACUUCUUUGUUCAGCUUUGUCCAGCUCUGUCAUUCAUAAUAGACGAAUGAAAAAUCCCAGAAACCUGUUCUGUGUGGGAAGGUUUUCUUUUGUUCUAAGCUUCGGUGGUUAAUAUACUUGACAAACUUCAGAGUCUCUCUAUCUCUGUAGACCAGUGCCAAAGAAUUGUUUUCCGGAUUCACUGUUAGCAGCUGAAAUAGGCAAAUACAAUGACACAUCAGAACACAGAGCUGAUUGGCACUGUUUUCUUCAACAAUUCACUACCGCACAGAUGGUCUCCCCGUCAAGUACUUAGACUGCGAGUGGGGAAUCCUGUGAAAGGUCCUUUACUAGGGGAGAGGUUUGCUCUGGCUGUUAAGACAUGUUUCCAACAAGCCCCAAUCCAGCACACACCCAGGAAGAUUUACCUAAUGCAUUUAUUUCUUGCUCAAUUAAAAGACUCCUGGGAGAAAUGCAUGCUGUGGCUCCUAAUUUAUUUGGGAAUCCUCAGUAGGACCUGAGAAGGCAGAACGAAUGCUUACUGAUUUACUCUCCUUUUGUGUCUCUAUUCCGUGCUGAGUAUUUUCCGCUAGAAAUUAAGCCAGUGCCAGGCAGACCAACAUGGAAUUAUCUGCCAAAGAUCCUGGCAGGAGGAUCUGUGAAGAAUGAAAGUGUCCUCAAGAACUAAGGGUAGUUGGCUACCAGAAGCUACUUACCUCUUCAUCUUCACCUUUGGCAAUGUAGGAAGUGAAGCCACCAUACCCUGGUUCCCAGCCUUACAAGGGGAAAACAAAUGGCAAUCAGAACGCUCUCAUGGCAAGACUUAUAUCACCCGCCUGAAUCACUGUUCCCAUGCUGCUGAAAAUGGGGAGGUCUGGGGGUUUGGUAGUGACCAACUCUAUGACUUGUGAACCUGAAUUUACUAUCUGGCUUACCAUGGAUUUCCUUUCCCUUAGAGGUCUAAUUUUCUGAGACAACUAAACUGGAGUUUGGGCUUAUUUCAAUCAACAUUAAAUAAAAACUGAAAAGAAAGGAGAAUUACAUGUAAAAUAUAUUCAAAAGAACAACUAUGUAGAAGCUAUAGAUAUGGGGCGUACUUAAAGGAGAGUUAUGGUAUAGUCCGUCUCCAUACACUCUAGUCACAGACAUAAAUCACACUCUGAGUUGGGAGACUAAAAUUCAUGACUCCAAGAUCCCUUCCAUCUUUGAGAGCCUGAGUUCUGAGAUCUCUGCCAAGCAAAUUACUUGGUUCAGAUGGAGACACUCGGGAGAAACUGUCCCUCCAAAGGAAAUACUUCAUUGCCUUUCUUUCUCCCUCUCACCUUCACAGCCACAGUAGAGAAGUAAGUCCAGGGCAAAUUCAGGCUUGCUGUUGUCAUGGAUUAGAGUGUAGUGACCGGUCUUCCAACGCCUCAGUUCCCCGUGGCAUGUGGGAAUGCUCGAUUCUAAGAAAACAUAACAGAAGAUGGGACCAGAAAAAUUAGCUGACAGUAAAAAAUUAACCUUGCUACAACUGCUAGAUUGCAGUGGGAUGAUAACCAGGAUGGCACAGCACUCAAGGAAGACCCUUCCCCCACCCUUCAGGUGACCUGCUGAUACAUUAAUUCAGUUUUGUAAAUGACUCAGAAAUUACUAGGGCUGGCUAUUUGGGGGGAAAAAGUUGAAUUUCUAUUUCACUCUUUACACUGAAAUAAAUUUCAGAUUGAGUAGAGAUUUUGUUACAAAAAAAAGUUAAAACCUGAGUUUUAUGUAAUCUUGGAGUGGGGAAGAGAUUUCUAAGCAUUGUCACCACAAAAAGCAGAAACUAUGAAAGGCAAAGAUAGAUCUUAUUACUAAAACAUUUUAUAAAAUUUAAAACAUACUGAACAAAAUUAAGAAGCAAACUAUUACACCAUGUAAGACAGUUAUAUUCCUAUAUGUAACAGCAAGAAAAGGACGAACAUCCCAAAGGAACAAAUAGGCUGAGGUCUUGAUAGGCUAUUCAUGAAAGAAAAUUAAAUAGCCAAUAAAUACUGGGAAGAAGUACAAUCAUGCAUCAUUAAUCAAAGGCAGGCAUAUGCCAUUUUCACCUACAGAAUACGCAAAAUUGAAAAAGGAAACAAUAGUUUUCUAAGGAAGUCGGAAAACAUCAUGUACAGUACUGGUGGGGGUACAAACUGAUACAGGUUUUUAAGAGGGAACUUUAGUGAGUGCCUUAACACUUUGUGCAGUCUUUGACGUGGCUACUCUGAAAAAAUAAUGGAUACACUGCUGUAUAUUAUGAUAGUGAAGAACUGAACACAAUCUAAAUGCCCAACGUGGGACUGGUGAAGGCAAUUUGAUGAAAUACUUUGCAAUAAUUAAAAAUUACACCAGAAGGGUGGUUUUCAAAACUUUUAGCUGUGAAAUACAUUCUCCUAAUGAAAGCCUGUAGAAAUGCAAUUUAGAAAGCAUAUAUAGGUAAUGCAGCUUUGGAUGGGGGAGACAAGGGUUUUCUAUCCAAGGGGGUUGUGCAAACCUAUUGUUUAUUUUUAUUUGUAUACAUGUAUACAUUUUUUUUUUUUUUUUAGAAA